AUGGCAUUGGCAACAGGAGCCGCAGUCGCGGCCGCAGCGGCCUAUCUCGAUGCAAAAUACCAUCUACGAAAAGACUUGACCAAGUUGCAUGAACGCCGUCAUAUGACCAAGCUCGUCCAGAAAUCCGCCCAACAAAAUCGUAUGUCCUUAUGGUAUCCCUUCGAACAGCAAGUACACGAGCUGCAAGAUGAGCAAUGUCUAUGGUAUCGGUCGCAGCCUUCAGAUCCCGCCGUCACCUACUCCUGGACGGAGACGUAUGAUCAAUGCUGUCGAUACGCUCAGUUCCUCCUGCAGAACGGCGUCCAGCCUGGCGACCUGAUCAGCACGUAUCUCAUCAACUCUCCCGAAAGCAUGUUCACGCUUGUCGGCAGUUGGGGCAUUGGAUCCGCGCCCGCCAUGAUCAACUACAAUCUAAGCGGAGACGCUCUUAUCCAUUCCUUGAACGUCGCUCAGGCGAAGCUUUUGCUCGUAGACGACGACGAAGCCUGUCGAAAGCGAAUCGAGGACGUGCAGUCCAGGAUUGAGAAUGAUCUCGGAAUGAAGAUCGUAGUGCUGGACGCAGCGACCAAAGCCGCCAUUUCCGCUCUCGCGCCCACCCGGCCUGCGAACGAGUAUCGCGAGAGCAUCACCGGAGCCUUUCCCCUCUUUCUUUUCUAUACGAGCGGCUCGACGGGACUCCCAAAAGCAUGCGCCAUGCCGACCGCAGCGGGGUUAACGCUAGGCGAACCGCGCAGAAGGAGCAUGGGCUUGAAAAGUGGCAAGGGUGGCGACGUCUGGUACGACUGCAUGCCCCUCUACCACGGCACAGGCUGCACAGUGGCAGUCGGAUGUCUAAUCACCGGCAUCAAGUUGGCCAUCGGACGCCGCUUCUCAGUCCGCAGCUUCUGGCACGAUAUCCACGAUUCGCAAGCAGCCGCGUUCGUCUACGUGGGCGAGACGGCGCGCUAUCUACUCGCCGCGCCGCCUUCGCUUCUGGAUAAAACGCACAAGGUCAGAGUUGUUUAUGGCAAUGGUAUGCGGCCUGACAUCUGGCGUAAGUUCAUGGACCGCUUCGACAUUGCGUGCGUAAAUGAGUUCUUCAACUCCACCGAGGGCAUGCUGUCUCUUCUGAACGUGUGCGUGAGUCCUUUCUACGACUCCGCUGUGGGCCAUCAUGGCGCCAUACUGCGCUACGCCAAUCGCAACUACAUCGUACCCGUGCGGAUCGACUACGAAAAAGGCGACGAGAUCUGGCGGGAUCCGCAGACGGGUUUUGCGAAACGUGCGCCGUAUGAGGAGGGAGGGGAGAUUCUCAUUGCGUGUGCAAGCCAGGGCGAUUUUGUGGGUUACUACAACAACCCCGACGCAACAAAUAAGCGCUUCGUGCGGGAUGUAUUCCGAAAAGGCGAUUUGUAUUACCGAACGGGCGACGCUUUACGAAGAGAUGCAGACGGCCGAUGGUUCUUCAUGGACAGGCUGGGCGACACGUUCAGAUGGAAGAGCGAGAACGUGAGCACGGCCGAGGUAGCGGAGGUGCUGGGGCGGUUUCCGAACGUGGUCGAGACGAACGUCUACGGAGUGGAGAUUCCCAAUCACGACGGGAGGGCGGGCUGCGCUGCCAUCUAUAUCCCGCAUGAACAGCGGCGAUCGUUUGAUUGGAGGGCUUUGCUGCAGCAUGCACAGAAGGGGCUGCCGAAGUAUGCGGUACCGGUGUUUGUGCGGCUGGUGCAGAGGCCGUCGCCGAUGCAUAAUAAUAAGCAAAACAAAGUGCCGUUUCGGAAGGAGGGGGUGGAUUUGAAGAGUGUUGCGGAGGGGGAGGCUGGAAGAGAUGAUGCGAUGAUGUGGUUGCCGCCGGGUGGCGAUCGAUAUGUGCCAUUCCAGCAGAAAGAUUGGGAGGCUGUAUCUGCUGGCAAGGCUAGGCUGUAG